CUCUAGGACUUACUGAUGGCGGCAAUUUCGCCCUCGUCCUUUGUCUCUGUAUCCUCCUCCACCACCUCCUGUUCGUUUUCAUGUCCGUUUGUGAGUUGCUUGAAGCGCGCUUACGAUGGCGUGUCGAUGAGUAAUCACCGCUCACAUGGGCGGUUGGCGGCGGUUAGCUGCUCAUCUUCUGAAAUGGGCUCCGGUUCCGACUCCGUGAACCGCCGCAGUCAUACUCAAAUGUCAUCUAUGGCUCCCUUUGGGGUGACAAUGAGUGGGAAUGGCUCGUCUGGACCAUCUUAUAAAUGGCGAAGGGUUUUGCUUAAAGUAAGCGGAGAAGCACUUGCCGGGGAUCAUACACAGAAUAUUGACCCAAAGGUAACAAUGGAAAUUGCAAGGGAGGUUGCAUCUGUGACUCGCCUUGGCAUUGAGGUUGCAAUUGUGGUUGGUGGGGGAAAUAUCUUCCGUGGAUCUUCUUGGGUGGGAAGCAGCGGUCUUGACCAAUCAUCUGCUGAUUACAUCGGGAUGCUGGCAACUGUCAUGAACUCAAUAUUUCUUCAAGCAACAAUGGAAAGUAUCGGCAUCCCUACUCGAGUGCAGACUGCUUUUCGCAUGUCUGAGGUUGCAGAGCCUUAUAUACGUCGAAGAGCUGUAAGGCAUUUGGAAAAGGGGAGGGUGGUCAUCUUUGCAGCUGGAACUGGAAAUCCGUUCUUCACCACAGAUACUGCUGCAGCACUUCGUGGUGCAGAAAUCAAUGCAGAGGUUGUGCUGAAAGCAACAAAUGUUGACGGGGUUUACGACAACGAUCCAAGGUGCGACCCGAAUGCCCGUCUUCUUGAGAAUCUAACAUAUCAAGAGGUGAUGGCAAAAGAUCUUUCAGUAAUGGACAUGACUGCCAUUACCUUAUGCCAGACAAACAAAAUUCCUGUUGUUGUGUUCAAUUUAAACAAGCCCGGUAACAUCUCAAAAGCGAUAAAGGGGGAGAAGGUUGGCACGUUAAUUUGUAAUGCGGAUGGUUUACCGCUGAAGCUGUAGCGUCACAAUACAAGUUCAAAAUGAUUCGAGAGUGAGCAGCAUGGGAAGUACAGUAUGACUUCAGAGGAUACAAUGUUUUGCCAGCAUUCGGCAACUUUUUCUUUAUUUGGUGAACGAUCUUCAGCAUUUAAGUGUAAAUAAAUUUUGAACGUUGAAACUUCCAUUUGGUCUCAAUUGUUUUGAGGUUUUGAGAAUUGUUAAUAGAUUCAGAUUUCGAACAA